AUGGUGGCUUGUGAAGAAAGACUUUUACAUGAAACAAGUAAGACUUCCAAAAGGGGCACGCUGCAGUCUGUCGACACGUGUCUCAAGAGACAAGAGGAGAUAGAGCAGAUUACAAAUCUUUGAGAAAAAUGAUUUAAUCGAAAAUUUUUCAUGAAGUCGUCUAAAAGUGCUCUAGAAAUAUUAAGAACGUUUAGAGCUCUCAUAACUACGGUCUGAACUUUGUUGUUCCUUCCCGUCUGAGCUUGCUUGGCUGAUCCUUCUCAAAGCGUGGUCACAUCAACAAUUCCAUCAACACUCCUUCCAUUUACAGAUCUGAUAAUUACAGUUCAAGCCAAGGACUUAUCUGGGGUUUCUCUAUCUUCAGGAGGGGACAACUUCUACAUCAUAGUGAAGAACGACUGCACUUGGGAAAGUGACUUCGAGUGAACCCCUGCUUCACCUGCAUCUACAGCCUUGGAUUCAGAAAUCAACACUUUAAUGACUGAUAAUGGUGACGGAACCUACCAAUACACUUUGAGAGUAGACAAAGAAGGAGUUGUCACUUAUAAAAUCUUCUUGAUUCAAUCAGGAGUGGUAAAUGUAGACUACUACAAGCAUGAUGGUACCUUCCUUGGGAGCACACAAAAGAACAAAAUUGAUUUUAGUUAUGGCGGAAUUACACUAGGAAGUUCUAUAAUUUAUGAUGGACGCUAUGAUUUUAUCAGAGGAGAAUUUAGAGCUUUAAUCAAGCCUCCUCGAUCAGAAGAAUAUAGAUUCACUCUGAAGAAGAAGGACAGAGGAUGGAUAGAAAUAGAUGGUGUAAGCAAAAUUCCAGGAGGAUCCACUUAUUCAGAAAGUUUUACAAUGUCUAUGAACCAAGCCAACCUGUACUAUGUAUAUGUGAGCUGGGAAGAAGAUAUGAGUACAGCAGAAAUAAAGCUGCAUUGGAAUGAAACUGGGUCAACUAGUGCUAUCCAAUCUCAGUAUUUUGUAAAACCUCUAUUGAUAACAAAUGGAAAUAUUGAAAUUACUUGUCCUUCUGGAUAUGGAAUUCAAGCUUCAGAUCCUUCUUCCUGUACUGAAGUUUGUGGAGAUGGCAUUCUCACCACAAGCGAAACUUGAGAUGAUCAAAACACUGCUAGCGGCGAUGGCUGAUCCUCAGACUGUCAUGCCAUUGAAUACAAUUACAUCUGUGUAUAUAAUUCAGGAAUUCCAGGCCAUGAGUGCUCUUCUUGUGGAACCAGUGGGUAUCCCAAUACUGCUAAAGACACAUGUGAGUUAUGUAGCUCAGGGUUCCAACACAUCCCAGCUUACCCAGAUACUUGUACAGAAAUUUGAGGUGACGGAAUUCAGACAUCUGGUGAAGUUUGAGAUGAUGGAAAUAGUGUAAAUGGGGAUGGGUGUUCAGCUGAUUGCAAGGCCAUUGAGUACAACUUUAUCUGAGUUUACAGCUCAACUUUGUUGAAAGAUUAUUGCACUUCUUGAGGCACAUCAGGGUACCCCAAUACUGCCAAAGACUCAUGAGUGUCAUGAGCUUUAGGAUUCCAGCACAUUCCUUCGAAUCCUGACACUUGCACUGAAAUAUGAGGUGACGGAAUACAAACAUCUGGUGAAGUUUGAGACGAUCAGAACACUGCUGAUAAUGAUGGCUGAUCGUCAGACUGUAAAGCCAUUGAGUUCAACUACAUCUGAGUAUAUGACUCAGGCAAUGCUCGUGAUGUCUGAACUUCUUGAUCUUCAACUGAAAUACCCAACUCCGAUUUUACUGCAUGAGUUCCAUGUGAAAAUGGAUACUCACACAAACCAGAGUCGCCAAACGAAUGCACACCAGUCUGAGGGGAUGGACUCAGAGUCACCGAAGAAGCUUGUGACGACAACAACACUGUCAGUGGAGAUGGAUGAUCUGCUGAUUGCUCUCUGAUCGAAGACCAACACAUCUGAGUGACCAACCAGACUCUAUCCAAAGAUGUUUGAACUUUGUGUUCAGACUUACAGACUCCAAACUCAAACAAGACCAAAUGAGAUGCUAAGUCAGUGGAUCCGUUGGGAGUCAUGACUCCGACUACAACAAGUGCUGUUGCCACUUCAGUGAUGGCGACAAGUGUGGCUUCAAGCUCAGCAACGAUCUUGGUCAGUGCAGGCUCAUCACAAAGUGUGUUCAGUGCUGUGAAUCAGUUCCAGUUGCUGCUUUUGUUUCCACUUUUGAGACUCCAUCUUCCUGAGUUAGUUGUUAACUUUUAUGGUGACUUGAACUGGUCGAUGGGGUCAGUUGAGUUCAUCAGUUUAGAUGACAUUCCGUAUGCCAAUGAGCUUUGGAGUCCGUUGUCAGCUGAACAAACUGAUGAAAUACUCAACAUUGUGGGAAUUCAGAACAAGAGCACAUUCAUCAACAUUUUGUCUGUAUUCUGAAUACUUGUAAUUGUUGUUGCUUUCCAUUUGUUGUUUUUAGUAUUGUAUUUAAUAACUCGGAAACAAGACUCUGACAACAAACUAGCAUCUUGGAUCGAGAAGAAGUAUAAGAACUUUGUAUUCAAUGUGUACAUCAGAAUGAUUCUUGAAACAAUGAUGAUAGGCUCGAUUUCAUGUCUGACAGAAAUUAAAGCUUCUGACACUUCUACAGUUCCAAACAUUGUAUCGCUGGCUAUUUCUUGAAUGUUAAUUGUGUUGUACAUCUUCAUAAUAUUGGUCAACUUUGUGGUGUGGGUCAUCAACAAGAGCAAAGAACAAGAUCAGAUCUCUCAUCGAUUUAGUGAGUUCUUUGAUGGGGUUAGACAUACAAAAUAUUCCAGACUCUACUUACUCUGUGAUUCAGUUAGAAAAAUAGCUUUGGUGUCAAUGCUGAUUCUAACAACCUGGGCAAGCGACUUGGCCAGAAUCGUGUCAUUCAUUGUGAUCCAAUGAGCAUUCUUUGCAUAUAUCUUCAUAGUAAAACCAUUUGACAUGACAAGAGACAACCUCAGAGAAAUACUGAAUGAGCUGAUGGUGGCAUUCUAUUCUGUGUUCUUUCUAAAAUACAGAUCUGAGAGCGACUGGUCAGAUAGAGAAUCGUGGAUCUACAUUGGAAUUGCUACAUUGAACAUAAUGACAGGAUCAGUAAUCGGGUUCACUUGCUUAAUCAUUGAUAUUCGUACUAAGUGUAGAAAGCAAAGCCCUCAAAGAAAAUUCCCUCCACAAAGAGUGUUUCCAUUUAACACUAACCAAAAUGUAGAAAAGCUCAAUAACUCGGUCAUCAAUAAGACAAGGAGCACUUCUGAGCUUCAUCUCCAAGGUAGAUCCAGUCUUCCAAAAAUGCCUAACCACAUUUACUCCAUCCAGGACGACCUGAAUGCCAUUCAGGUUGCGCCUCGGUACAAUGAAGAUCGGAGUUUCCCACAGAGGCUGUUUUAUAAAUAAGUUCAGCCAUUAUUCGGCCUUUUUAA